AUGUUGACACAACAACAAAUUUUAUCUUCAGAAAUACCAGAUGUUGGUGAUAAUUUUCGUAAGGAAUAUGAUUUUAUUGUAAUUGGUUCUGGUUCUGGUGGAAGUGUAAUGGCAAACAGAUUAACUGAAAUAUCUAAAAUCUCAGUUUUAUUAAUUGAAGCUGGAGGGCAAGAAUCUCUUGUUAAUCAAAUACCAUUAACGGCAGCAUUUACAUCAAUUACACAUUAUAACUGGGGAUAUAAAACUGAACCGGAAAAGAAUGCUUGUCAUGGUCAUACUGGUGGUGUUUGUAGUUGGCCUAAAGGUAAAGGUAUUGGUGGUACAAGUCUUGUUAAUUUCAUGGUUUAUAAUCGUGGUCAUCGAAAAGAUUUUGAUUUAUGGUCUAAAUUAGGAAAUUAUGGUUGGGAUUACGAUAAUAUUUUACCAUAUUUUAAGAAAUCAGAAAUUAUAAGAAUUCCAGAACUUAAUAAUUCAUUAUAUCAUGGCCAUAAUGGAUAUAUGGAUGUAACUUAUCCACCAUAUAAAUCGCAAUUAGUAAAUGCAUUUUUAAAAACCGGUUAUGAUUUAGGCUAUAAUAUAUCGGAUCCAAAUGGUAAAAAUAUACUUGGUUUUAGUAGAAUUCAGGCUAAUAUAAGAGAUGGCAGACGUUGUAGUGCUGGUAAAGCUUUUAUUGAACCAAUAACAAAUCGAAAAAAUUUAGAUAUCUCAAUGAAUUCGAUGGUAGUGAAAUUAUUAAUAAAUAAUAAAACUAAGAUUGUAGAAGGUGUUGCUUUAAUAAAAGAUAAGAAAUUGUAUGUGGUAAGAGCUAAAAAAGAAGUUAUUUUAGCAGCUGGAGUUGUCGGGUCACCACAAUUGUUAAUGUUAUCUGGUAUUGGACCAAAAGAACAUUUGAACGAAUUAAAUAUUUCACUGAUUGAAGAUUUAAAAGUUGGUUAUAAUUUACAAGAUCACAUAUCUUUACCUGGAUUAACUUUUUUAGUUAAUAGUGAUGUUACGAUUGUUACAAGUAAAAUAAUGAGACCUAGUGCAAUAUUUCAAUAUUUAUUUAGGGGAGAAGGAAUAUACACAUUACCUGGUGGUGCAGAAGCUUAUUGUUUUGUUAGAACUGAAAAUUCUACUGUUGAUGAAGACUAUUCAGAUUUGGAAAUUGUUCUUGGUAAUGGAGGUCUUAAUAAUGAUAGAGUCGGAGCUUUAAGAAAUUUAUUAGGAUUAACAAAAAAAUUUGUUCAAAAUACUUAUAGCGAUAUUUAUGGAGAGCAUGCAUUCGGAUUGGUUCCAGUACUUUUAAAUACUAAAAGUCGAGGUCGAAUAACACUAAAGAAUAAAAAUCCUUUUAGUUCACCGAAAUUAGUCGCAAAUUAUUUUCAAUAUCCAGAAGAAAUUGAAACUUUAACUAAAGGAAUCAGAUUAGCAAUUAAAAUUUCGGAAUCAAAACAUUUUAAAAAAUUUGGUACCAGAUUCCAUAGAAAGCCAUAUUAUGGAUGUGAAAAUGAAAAAUUUGAUUCAGAUUCUUAUUGGAAAUGUUGUAUAAGACGUCAUGCAAUAAGCUUACAACAUCAAGUUGGAACAUGUAAAAUGGGACCAAAGACUGAUCGAGAAGCUGUUGUUGAUUCAGAAUUAAAAGUUUAUGGUAUAAAAAAUUUACGUGUUGUUGAUGCUUCAAUAAUACCAGUAUUACCAGCUGCUCAUACUAAUUCGAUAGCAUUAAUGAUUGGUGAAAAAGGAGCUGAUAUGGUUAAAAAGUCAUGGAAUUUAUUGUAA